AGCGCACUCCUCCCAGCCGAGUCGUCCUCCUCCUACAUGUACUUCUUCUGCAACGUUUGAACUUCGGAGAGCUCAGUCCGAGAACGAACUCAAUGGCCGUGAAGUUGCAGACUUUCGCAGGUUUGACUCCGCCGACGUUGCCUGCUUCUUCCUCAAGCUCCGGCGAUGGCCUCUGCAUCAUCAAGAAGCCUCUCAUGACCUCCUUUUUCAACGGCGGAGUCGGGGCUUUAAGAGUUACAAAACUCAGAAUUGCUCGUUGCAAAGGAUCGGAUUGUCAAAGAAGAAGUGGUGGCGCUCUUGGUGCUCGUAUGAAUCUUUUUGAUCGGUUUGCUCGCGUGGUCAAGUCUUAUGCCAAUGCAGUCAUAAGUACUUUUGAAGAUCCAGAGAAGAUUUUAGAACAGACAGUGCUUGAAAUGAAUGACGACUUGAUAAAAAUGAGGCAAGCAACAGCUCAAGUAAUUGCAUCUCAAAAGCGGUUGGAGAACAAAUAUAAAGCCGCAGAGCAGGCCUCGGGAGAGUGGUAUCGCAAGGCUCAACUGGCUCUGCAGAAGGGAGAGGAAGAUCUUGCACGUGAGGCUCUUAAAAGGAGAAAAUCUUAUGCUGACAAUGCCAGUGCUUUAAAAGCACAGUAUGAUCAACAGAAGAAUGUGGUUGAUAAUUUGGUCUCAAAUACCAGGCUUUUGGAGAGCAAAAUACAAGAGGCAAAGUCCAAAAAGGAUACUCUGAAAGCCCGUGCUCAGUCUGCAAAGACUGCAACCAAAGUUAACGAAAUGCUAGGAAAUGUUAACACAAGUAAUGCCCUUUCAGCGUUUGAAAAGAUGGAAGAGAAAGUAAUGGCAAUGGAAUCUCAAGCAGAUGCUCUAGGCCAGUUGACAACGGAUGAUCUUGAAGGAAAGUUUGCAUUGCUAGAGAGCUCAUCAGUGGAUGAUGAUCUUGAGAACUUGAAGAAAGAACUCUCCGGUAGCUCAAUGAAAGGAGAGCUCCCACCAGGCAGAACAGUUCCUGCCAGCACAAGUAGGUCUCUUCAAGAUUCAGACAUAGAGAGGGAGCUGAACGAAUUAAGACAAAAAGCUAAGGAAUUUUAACAUUCCUCGUCAAUACUUCAGAAAUUCUUUUGCAACCAUUGUUCGACAUGCUUUCUCGGAAUGUAAUUUUGUACAGGUAAAUUCAAAACACAGAUGGAUAAUAUAUGCGAAAUGCGAUACUUGAACAGGAAAUUACUAGUUUUAAUUUCAGU